AUGGGAGAUGAGAGCAGCGGGAGUAAAGAAGAGUCAUCGGGGGUUCCUGACGACCGCGUCAUUCUCCACGAGCACAGCAACGAGAACCUGUUGAAGUUCGACACGCACGACAAGUACUCAACGAUUUCGGCCAUAAAGAAAAUGAUUAUGAAGAGCUUGCCGCCACCCAAGACGAAUGCACCUCCCCAACCGCUUUUUAACGGAUUGCUGCGCAUGGGCAAAAACCCGAAUACGCCGCUCCUUUUCAUGGCCUUCCGGACGCCCGAGGACAGUACCGCAGCCGCCGAACUCCUGCGAGGCGUGUUUUUCCGCGGGAGAAAACAGUGGCAGGAGCUACCGGUGACACAGCGAGACCUGCAGCUGACUCACAAAGGCAGCAGCCGGAAGCGAUCGCGUGGUGGGGAGGUAUUGGGUCAGAGCAAAGUUGCCCAAUGGGAGGGCCUUGCCAUGGAGGAGCAGCUUGCUCGAAAGAAGAUGCAUUGUUUACGGGUGAUGGAAGCCAUUGCACCAAAAGGGGAUAAAUAUGCGGAACUAUUUGCCGGUGUACACGUCAGUCCGGAGUUGACUGGCUAUCGCAACCACGUUCAACUUUCAUUUGGCUACUCGGAAACCGGGGAGCCAUCGAUUGGGUUUCUUAAGGGCGCUAUGAUUGAAGGAACUUGCGCCAUUCAUUCGGCUCUUGGGAAAGACAUUGUCACAAUGAACCCACUAGCGAGGCAGGUGGCUGAGGCUGUGAUGUCCGUUUGUCAUUUAUUUUUGUUGCCCGAGAAGGGGGGUCUGAUGGUUUUCGAUAAGGUGAAGCAGCAAGGGUUCUGGCGCAAACUGCAGGUGCGUCACAACGUACUUGGCGAAGUUAUGGUGGAUAUGGAGCUGGACAUUGACAGCGCUGAAGCAUCCGUAGUGAGUGAGGUGAAGACGCACCUUAUAAAAACGCUAUUUAGCGAAGGGUUGCGGGCAAAACUAAGGAUGAUCUCUGGGAAGGAAACUGCAUCCGUUGUGAGUGCCCAGUAUCAUCAUGGCACAGGAAUCAGUUCUUCUUCAGUCGAUGAGCCACGUCAUAUUCUUUUUGGGACCCCGACACUCACGGAGCAUCUCUUAGGUCUUCGCUUUGAACUAAGCCCUACUUCCUUUUUUCAGGUAAACACCUCAGGAAUGGAGCUACUGCUAUGCGAGACGGCAAAGGUUGCGGCGCUGGGUCCAAAAACAACGCUUUUGGACCUCUGUUGUGGUACAGGCGUCAUAGGCCUCACACUCGCCAAGCACGUGAAGCGGGUAAUUGGAAUAGAACUGGUUGAGUCUGCAGUGAGUGACGCGAGGCAGAAUGCCAAACGCAACGAUAUAGCCAACGUUACUUUUUGCAGUGGUCGUGUGGAGCACCUUUUGCCGGAUAUAAUCAAUUCUCUACCAGAGGAGGAUAAGACCGACAUCGUGGCAAUUUUGGAUCCCCCCCGUGCCGGAGUUACGCCCACGGUGUUGAAGUGGAUUCGUGGUACCCCAACCAUCCGGCGUGUGGUGUACAUCUCUUGUGAGCAGAAGGCACUUGAGCGGGACUGCCCAUCUUUGACGAAGUCUACCACGAAAGCAUACCGAGGAUUGCCCUUUGAAUUGGUGGCAAGUUUUGCGGUAGACCUCUUUCCUCACACACCACACGUUGAGAUGGUGGCGGUAUUGGCUCGUCUUCAAGAAGAGUCGGUAAGUGGAGAGUAA